AUGGGUAGGCAGGCUCAGGAAAGGGCUGCCACGAUUGCCGAGGCUGCUGAGGUUGCAGCAACUGCUACUAUUAAUGGGAAUCAAGCCCAGGAAGCACAAGCUCAACCAGUGGUGGCGAAUAGGCAGAUGCACCAGCUGGUAGAGCAGUUUCUUAAGUUAAAACCGCCCAAGUUUACCGGCCGAGGUGACCCCGAAACCGCCCCACGUUGGGUGGAAGAGUUAGAAAAGGCGUUCGAUUUACUGGGGUGCACCGAAAUCGAGAAGAUUACUCUGGCAACCUACCAAUUGCAGGACGAUGCUAAUGACUGGUGGAAAGCCACCAAAGACCGAGUGUUUCCCGAGGGCAUAGACCAGACUUGGACUGCAUUUGUUGAGAGUUUUUACGGGCAAUACUUUUCAGAGAGUGCCCAGGAAAAGAAAAUGGCGGAGUUCAUGAGACUUCGUCUGGGAUCAAUGACAGUAGUCCAGUAUGAGGUAGAAUUUGCGAGACUAUCGAGGUUUGCUCCGAGAAUGGUGGAAAAUCCACUGGACAAGGCUCGAAGAUUCCGGGAUGGGUUGAAACCGGAUCUUUGUACUCAGAUGCUCGUGCUGAACAUUCGAGAUUACAGAAAAUUGUAUGAACGAGCCCAAACGAUGGAACGGGAUCAGAUGGAUAGAGCAGCCGCAUCUAGGUUACGGUUUGCUCAAAUCGGGACGAUUGCCGCUUUGGCAAGAAAUCGAUGA